AUGAUAUGCAGCAGUUACCUGAGGACAUUGAUUCUGCAAGGAGGGCAUAUUGGGAAACCUGUGGAAGGGUUGUUGCAGUUUGCAAAAUUGAAGCGAAGUCUGAAGACCAUUCCUAUAGUAACAUUUUCUUCUGAUCACAAGCGGUUGACAACUGGGAAAAGGAUGAUGGCUGCAGGUGCAACCGGGAGUCGGGGUUUGAUUGCUGAUGCUUUGACAGAGAAGGAUAGUGAUGGUUCAUAUACGAGUGGAGGCUGGAAGAGUGAAGAUGGAAAAUUGAGCUGCGGUUAUUCAAGUUUCAGAGGUAAAAGACCUAGCAUGGAGGAUUUUUAUGACAUCAAGACUUGCAACAUCGAUGGGAAAAUGGUCUGCCUCUUCGGGAUAUUUGACGGUCAUGGUGGUUCGCGUGCAUCUCAAUAUUUAAAGGAAAAUCUGUUUAAGAACCUCAUGAAGCAUCCAGAGUUUAUAACAAACACAAAAGUGGCUAUUAGUGAGACUUAUCAGCAAACCGACAAAGACUUUUUGGAGUCCGAAAAGGAUAAUUUUCGCGAUGAUGGUUCUACUGCUUCGACAGCAGUUUUGGUAGGAAAUUAUCUGUAUGUUGCAAAUGUUGGAGAUUCCCGGACUGUAAUAUCCAAUGAGGGCAAAGCGAUCGCCCUCUCCGAGGAUCACAAACCAAACAGAAGUGAUGAGCGGAUGCGAAUUGAAAGCGCUGGUGGGGUUGUGAUGUGGGCAGGCACAUGGAGGGUUGGAGGCGUAUUGGCAAUGUCUCGUGCAUUUGGAAACCGUAUGCUGAAGCAAUAUGUGGUGGCUGAACCUGAAAUCCAGGAACAAGAGCUGAAUGAAGCAUUUGAACUGCUGGUUCUUGCAAGUGAUGGUCUCUGGGACGUUGUACCCAAUGAGGAUGCUGUGUCACUUGCACAGACUGAAGAAGAACCAGAGGCAGCAGCUCAAAAGCUGACCGAGGCUGCUUUUACCCGUGGCAGUUGUGAUAAUAUCACCUGCAUUGUAGUCAAGCCUACCACCAUAAAACCACAAACCCAAACUGAUGCCUAAUGCCGGAGGGAUUUGAUGCCUCUGUUUUCUUGCAUUGCUGCUCAAGAUGUUCAUGUUUUUUUUUAUUUAUUCAAUUUAUGGCUUUCUUUUGCAACUUUUGUUCUGCAGAGUAGAGAGACAUGAGAAUUGUGUCUUCUCGUGUAAAUUCUGAUUUUUGCUCUUGAUCCUGUUUACUUUUACACUUGAAUAAAAGAUGUCACUUUCUUU